UAUGGCAACACUGUCACAGUUGUCAAUUCUGUCAAAGUAAAAAUGGCUUCAAGCACCUUUAAACAAGAUAUGCCCCCAGAAGGGGGCUACAAGCCUAUUCCAUACAAAAGAAUACCUGCCAAAACCUUCUUUAGCGGAUGGGCUUUAAUUGGAGGCUACUUGGGCAUGACUGCUGGUGCUGCCUAUUUGUAUUACUUAAAUUGUAAGGCAGUGCAUGCUAGAGAACUUGAAGCCAGAAGUGCAAGUUUUGCUAUUUACCCAAUGUUACUUGCUGAAAGAGAUCGUGCCUAUUUGAAACAAUUGCGGAAAAACCGUGAAGAAGAACGCGAACUCAUGAAAAAUGUUGAGGGAUGGAAAGUGGGCACUUGGUAUGGCGAACCGAUUUACAAAACUGAAAAACCAGAUACUCUUCAAGAUCAAUUGUAUCAUGAAUAUUAUGUACACAGUUCAUUCAAGGAUUACAAAAAGAGAGCACAUUUGAGCUUGAUAUCUUAAGUACUGCUCUUUAUUGUUAUUUAGAAAAUUGUAAUAUAAAUUGUAAGUUAAAAAUAAACAUUUAAUAAAGGU